AUGGAAGCCAUUGCUGAGAAUGUCAUUGGGCUACUGGGCUCUUUAGCUGCUAAAGAGCUUGACCUUCUUUGCAACUUCCAAGAUGAUUUGGAGACUAUGAAGAGGAAAGUCACUGGAAUUAAAGCCGUGCUUCGUGACGCUGAGAGGAAGGCCACGAAAACUGAAGCGAUCAAUGAUUGGCUACAAAAGCUGAGAGAUAUGUUGCUUGAUGCCGAAGACUUGUUGGAUGCCUACUCUGCUGAGGAGCUAGCAAGGCAAGUGAUGACCAAAGAUAAAAUGGCGAAGGAGGUACGCAUAUUCUUCUCCAAAUCAAACCGAAUUGUUUGUGCACAUAAAAUGGGUCGAAAAAUUAGGGCAAUUAGGAAGAAUCUAAAUGAGAUUUAUGAUGAAAGGAAUCCGCUCCAAUUGCAUGAGAGCGUUUCGAGUACUUCGAAUGAGUGUCAUGAAUGGAGACUAACCGACCCAUUUGUGAGCAAACAAGAUGUUGUCGGGAGAGACGAGGAAAGAAUGCAUCUUGUUAGGAUCCUUUUAAACCCUGAUGUGAAAAAUGAUGUCGCAGUAGUUCCCAUAGUUGGGAUUGGAGGAUUGGGGAAGACGACACUUGCUCAGCAAGUGUAUAAUGAUGUGGCUGUUAAAAAUCAUUUUGAGCUUAUGAUGUGGGUUUGUGUGUCUGAUGAAUCCCAUCAACUUUCCAAUAACACGUUAGCUCAAAAGAUCAUUAAGCAGGAAACAUCUGAUGGUGCCCGCGAACUAUUAAGGCAAAAAAUUGAGGGGAAACGUUUUCUACUUGUGUUAGAUGAUGUUUGGAAUAUUAAGAAUCGUGGUGAAUGGCUUAAAUUAGAAAACUUGUUCAAAGAUGGAAGAAAAGGGAGUAUGAUCGUUGUCACUACACGUAGUACAGAAGUGGCACAAAUAAUGGGCACGGUUGCACCUUUUAACUUAAAUGAUUUGGAUUUUGAAACCUCUUGGGAGCUGUUUUGUAGAGUGGCUUUUCAGGAUGGAAAAGAACCUGACAAUCAAGAGUUGGUAGGGAUUGGAAAGGAUAUUGUGAAAAAAUGUGCUGGAGUUCCACUCGCAAUAAGAACCAUUGGUAGCCUAUUGUUCACAAAAAAGUUGGCAGAGUGGUCAUCUUUUAGGGACAAUGAUCUUGCAAAUAUAGAUUCUGAGGAUAAUAAGAUUUUUUCUAUCCUUAAACUUAGUUAUGAUCAUCUUCCCUCCCAUUUGAAAAAUUGUUUUGCAUUUUGCUCUUUGUUUCCAAAAGACUACGAGAUUGAGAGAGAAACACUAAUUCGGCUGUGGAUAGCUGAGGGGUUCAUUCCCUUGGAUAAAUAUAAGUGCUUGGAGGAUGCUGGUGAUGAGUGUUUCAAGCAGUUGCUGUCGAGGUGUUUGUUUCAAGAUGUGGUGCAAGAUUCUCUUGGGGACAUAUGGUCAUGUAAGAUGCAUGACCUCAUACAUGAUCUAGCACAAUCAAUCACUAAAAAUGAGUGUUACAUUGUCAAAAGUGAAAAGAUAGAAAAAGAGAAAUUUGGUGAUCGGAUUCGUCAUAUGUCAAGUCAUUUUGACGGUGCUUGGAAGCUUUCACUUGGCAAUGCCAACACCAAAAAAAUGAGAACAAUUUUGUUCCUACAAGGGGAUUUGGAAUUUAUCUUGAGUCAAUCUUCGUCAAGAGUUUUUAAUCCGAUUUGCAGGCCUACACCAUCACUUCCAAAGCGCUUACGUGUAUUGGUUCUUGAAGAUCAGGAGUUGAAAAUUCCAGAGAGCAUUGGACACUUGAAGCAUUUGAGAUAUCUUGAUUUAAGUGGGAAUCAUAAACUCAAGAAGCUCCCACGAGGAAUCAGCAAGUUAGUCCAUCGGAAAUCUCACAUCAUUGCAGUCUCUUAG